UGUAUAUAUGAUGAACAUAUCCAUAUACAGAUUCUACCGCCGGUAUAUUUCUCACGUAAUUUAAUUUUAGCCAAUUUUAGUUCUGUUGUUUACCAUAAGAUUGCAUGGUGACAGUGUUGUAAAAAGCAUUCAAGUACUUUGUUAAAAUUAUACAAGAUUUAUACAAAAAAACAAAUUCUAAUUUUCAGUUUCAUACAAAAUGAUAAACGAGCAAACCGUUUGUUGUGGAUGUUUCGAAUCAAUUUUGGUCGAUGAACGGAAAAACAUAUUUGACGAUAAUUUAUGGAUCUCUAUACAUCAGUACACCGAAAAUUUUAAAGAAACCAACGAGAGCAUGAAGCAAAUGAAAUUAAGCGACUGCAUCGAAUUAAUCACAGGUCGGAAGAUUGUAAGAAUGAACCAAAAGUUGGUCGAUUUGUGUCCUAAAUGUUUUCAAAAUGUACAGUCAUAUAUAAAUUUUCGCACUAGAUUAUUGCUUUCAUUGUGUUCCGAGAAAGACGAGAACAAAAGUACAAAUUUAAUUCAGAGUGAGAAGGAUUCAUGUUUGUUAGGAAAUACAACUACAAAUGACAAUAAAUUGUUAAAAGAGGAGACACUGGCUGAGUGUGCAGUAAAUAUAGUCGAGUCUGAUAUACCUUUGUAUAGUAUAAUCGAUAACAACAAUUCUAUAGAUAAUAUAAACGAAUUAGGUAAUGAACAGGAGAAUAAAGCCUCCAAUGAUUUAGAAAACUCUAGAAUUAAUUUUGGUACUUCGAUAUCCUGGCAUAUAGACUUAAAACAUCAAGACACCGAUAUAGAAUCAGAGAUAGAUGUCUGUUCUGGUGAGGACGAAGAAGUAUUGGAACUAGAUGACCAGAAAAGAACCAUUAAUAUCAUUGAGAUUGAUACAUCGUCGGAAUCGGAUAUAGAAGUGUGCGAUUAUGAACCAAUUGGAAAAAGAUUUAAAAAAUACCAAGUUUUUUCGCCACAUUUACUUUUUUAACUGUUUACUAUUUUUUUAAAUUAAUAACAUUGAAUUACAAACUUGCGAGAAGACUAGUAUUCAAAAUUUUGUUAAUAAUUGUACAUAGUUUAAAAUUUUAGAAAAGACAUGUAAU